UUUGUGUUUUCUCGUCAUCCAAACACUCGCAAGAAAAAGACAACAAGACAUAAGCUUUUUUCCUUUUCCUUCCCUUUGCUAUAAUUCUCGUGCUCGAGGGUUUUGCAUCGCCGCAUCUGUCUCUCUCUCUGUAGGAAAACCCAGUCGCAGUUUUUUCCUUUAAAAAAUUCCCGAGAAACAAACAGAUUUUGCAGUGUCGCAACUCCCCCAGUUGGCAUAGGAACAUUAAAUCGGUCUUCUCCCAUCAAUUGGCAGCUUUGGAUAAACCUAGAAGAUUCAUAGACACCCAAGUUUAUCCUUUGCCUCGAUUUCAGCCAAGUUUAAAAAAUUUUCCUUUUGGAAAUUUCCGGGAUUAUCCUCUUGAGAUUAUUUUGGGUUUUCCGCCGUCGAUUCUGAGAAUUUCUGCAAGAGAAAAAAAAAAGGGAUGAUGAGAAGGCAACAGCGCCAGCGGGAUCAGCAAUCUAGGGCUUUCUACGAGCUCUCGGCUCUUGUUCUGAGUCUCCUCCGUUCUCCGCCGAUGCCCAUGUCGUUUUCCGAUCAGUUGCCGGAGAAUCCGAAUUCGCCGGCGAGAAUACGUCCGCCGCCGCGAUCUUCUUCGUCGUCGAUGGCCCACAUAUCUCCGACGGGAUUCGCGUCGCUGCUUCUGGGGAUAUCGGUGGCUCUGAUGCUCUGCGGAUCUGUGACUUUCUUCAUAGGGUUCCUGUUAAUGCCUUGGGUUCUGGGUUUGAUCAUGAUCUUCUAUGUCGCCGGGAUCGUGUCCGCCAUCUCCAUGGUCGGAAGGUCCAUCCUCUGUUACGCUUUGGCCCCACCUUCCUCCGGCAAGGAGAUUCCAGCUUAGAAGAUGGAUGGAUGAGCUUCCCAGAUCCAGUAUUGGUUCCAUGAAUUAGGGUUUCUGGCUGUAAAAAAUAAAUCCUUGAAGCAUGAUGGGUUUUCUGAAAUUCAAUUGCUUGCGAUAACACGAAACGAAAAUUUACGGGUUUCCAAAACGUGGCUCUGUUAGAUGAUCUUGCUCUUUCUCAACUCUAUGUUGAUCUAGUUUUUGGAUGAUUGGAUCUCUAUCCAAAAAGAAGAAAUCUACUUUUGUCUUUGGAUCCCGCCAUUGUUGUGUUGUCUGAAGUUCUUGUUUGAGAGUUGUCUCUGAUUCCCUUUUGUGAUUUCGGGUCCGAGUUUUCGCAAGUGGAUCAGACAGAACAGAAUCUUUACUAACAAUCCA